AUGGAGAAUUUAUGGAAUCAAAUGAGGGGGCAACUUACUGGUACGGAUGAGACGAAAUCUAAUCUUGGCGCCACAAGGGAUCAGAAAAUACCUAUACAGAAAACUCAAUCUUUCAAAGAAGAGAAGAAAAGGGGUCAGAAUUGGUUUCGAAAGCAGCUUCCAAUGAAAAGAAGUCAUGAUUUUGACUCUUCCGAAAUCGAGCAUGCUGCAGCAGUAGCUGCUGCGGCAUUCUCGAUUAAUUUGCAAGAGGCCUCUGAGCAGACGAGUGAGACGCCAGAGACCUCAUUGGCCAAGACAAAAAGUAAGCUAGGCAGCUCAAAAUCUUCAAAGUCCCUACUUGCUAGUGCUUCCAAACGAUUUUCAGAUUCAUUUAGAUAUAAAGAUGACCAGGGUGAUAAGGUGUCAAUAUCCUCAUCUUCAGAAGAAAAGAAGCCAGAAAAGGCCAUUACGCCUGCACCAUCAAUGAAAAAGGCUUCAACUUUAACUGAUAAAAAACCUGAUAUCCCAACACCAAAAGCUCCUCCUCCUCCUCCUCCUCCAGCAGCACCGCCAAUUCAGAAGACUUCAAGUAAACCUAGCCCUCUAAGAGAGACUACAACAGGCACAAACAUUCAGGAGACAGAUGCCGAUGUAUGGGAGAGAACCGAGCUGAACAAGAUCCGAGAAAGGUACGAGAAGCAGAAAGAGUUGAUAGAUUCAUGGCAAGACAAGAAGAGGAUGAAAGCCAAACGAAAGCUAAUUAAGCAUGAGAGUGAACUUGAGCGGAGAAGGUUUAAAGAUUUGGAAAGUUUUCAAAAUAAGAUGAAGUAUGUAAAUCAAGUUGCAGAUGGAGCAAGAGUCAAGGCUGAUGAAAACCAAACGAAUGAAGAGCUACAAGCAAAAGGGAAGGCAGGUGCAAUAAGAACAACAGGCAAACUGCCUCGGAGUUAUUUCUGUUUCUGA